AUGGCUUCAGGGAUGGAAGAAAAGACUGUCGGCCUCAGCCGUGCCGACAGCACCAACAGCAACAAGCUCGGGACUGUUAUGUCUGGCACCAAUGCUGCUGUUGCUCAACAGUAUGGCGAGACCCAGCGUGGUCUCAGCCCUCGCCAUGUCCAGCUGAUGGCUAUCGGAGGUUCUAUUGGUACCGGUCUUUGGGUCGGUAUUGGCGGUGUCUUGUCCAAGGCCGGCCCUCUCAGUCUCGUUCUCGGUUACACUUUCUGGGGUCUCCUCUUCAUCUGGCCGCUCAACUUGUCUGUCGCCGAAAUGUGCGCCUACCUGCCCAUUCGCGGUACCAUCUUCGAACUCGCCUCUCGCUUUGUUGACCCUGCUCUCGGUUUCGCCAUGGGAUGGACUUACUUCUUCGCCGGUCUCAUGUUGGUUUGUACGGAAUACAGCGCUGUCGCAACGGUCAUUCAAUACUGGAACGCGGAUAUCAACCCGGCUGCCUGGAUUGCUGUGGCCAUGGUCUCCUGUGUGGCGGUCAACUUGGUUGCAGUCAAGUACUACGGAGAAUCUGAGUUCAUCAUGGCUUCGACAAAGGUCAUACUGCUGAUCGGCCUGUGCCUUAUCACCCUCAUCACCAUGUCCGGCGGCAACCCUAUGAACGACGCCUAUGGAUUCCGUAACUGGGGCGACGGCAACUACAUCCACGCCUACUUCACCGACGGGUCGACCGGGAGGUUCUUGGGAUUCUGGAAGGUUGUUAUCUACGCUGCCUUCACCAUUGCCGGUCCCGACAUGAUCGCCCUCGCCGCUGGUGAGAUCCAAAACCCCCGCCGCACCAUCCCCCGCGUCGCCAAGCUCAUCUUCUACCGCCUUGUCGGUUUCUACGUUGUCGGUGUUCUGUGCGUCGGCAUCAUCUGCAGCUCCCGCGACCCCGACUUGCUCGGCGCCAUUGAGAGCGGCGAGCCCGGUGCUGGUGCUUCCCCUUGGGUCGUUGGUAUCAAGAACCUCCACAUCAAGGCUCUUCCCGAUAUCAUCAAUGCCUUCAUUCUCCUCUCUGGAUGGUCCUGCGGUAACGCUUACCUCUACUCGACUUCCCGCACUCUCUAUGGUCUCGCUCGCGACGGACAGGCCCCCAAGUUCCUCCUCAAGUGCACCAAGGCCGGUGUUCCCAUCUACUCCGUCCUUGUCGUCACUGUCAUCUCCUGCAUCACCUUCCUUGUCUCGUCAAACAGCGCCGUCGAUGUCUUCUUCUGGUUCGUCGACUUGACCACCACCGCCCUGAUCAUGACCUACACCUUCAUGCUCAUCACCUACAUGGGCUUCUACCGCGCCCGCAUGGCCCAGAACUUCCCUCCCGAGACGCUCCCCUACCUGUCUCCCUGGACCCCGUACUUCCCCGGUCUGGCUCUGCUUUUGGGCAUCCUGGCUCUCAUCUUUGUCGGUUUUGACAACUUCUAUCCCUUCAGCGUGAGAGGCUUCAUCACCUCCUACUUUGGCCUCAUCUUUGGUGUCGUCACCUUUCUCAUCUGGAAGGUUCUGAAGAGGACCCGCUUCGUUCACCCCAAGGAGGCAGAUCUCAUCAGCGGAAAGGCAGAGGUUGAUGCCGAGUGCCGUCAUUGGGAGGAGGGUGGCAUCGAGGAGGAGAACCUGGGAAAAGAUGUGGUAAAAGUUGCCGGUAGCAUAACGAUAAUAUUUGAUGUUUCAAUGACUAUAACAUUCUGUCAAACGUUCGACUAUCAUUCUUUCUUGACAUACGUUAACCCCGGCCAGCUUGUGCUCCCAUUAGAGCCAAUGCAACCGACACAAUCCCUGGAACUACGCUGCGUCCUUCCAUCUGACUGCAUCAAGUCGCUCGCUCGCUCGUUCUUUGACGGACAUGAUUGCCAACAUAACGUUCUGGUAGCUCAGCAGGGAGAGCGGCAGGUGCCGUUCACCGCGGUCCUGCAGGUCGUGUGUUCAAAUCAUACCCAGAGCCGAAUAUCAUUUUUGCUUAUUCUACUUACUCAGUUUUCGAUCUACGGUGUCAUUACAGCGCCUAUUCCAAGCCCCAUAACAUUUAGUGUCCAUGCAGAUUCGUGUUCUAGAUGCAACUUCAACUCACUUGGCGCGGCUCUCGUUGCGAAACCGGCUUAUCCCACCGGGUCUAAGAUGCUCAAAUUCUCCAAACUCAGGCGAUCAUUUACUAUAGCCCCAUGCGCGACCGCCAAAGCCAAAUGUGACCGGAAAGCUGUGACAUGUUCCCGGUGCCACCAGCGGGGCCUCCCAUGUCUCUAUCCACAGACUCGGACGAUCCCUUCAUCCGCGCCGGGUGCUGCCGGUCUGCAUUCAGAGGCUGAAGCCGAGGUCGAUACGGACCGCGUAGCAACCACGAUAUCCGCGACUGUGGAAGCGAACGCGGGGUUCUCGCCGUUUCGAAUCAUUCCGUCAAACGAGACGAGCGCUUCCUUCCGGGCGGGCGAACUGCUGGCCACAGACACCGAUCGAUCAGACGUCCUCAAGCCUGAUGUGUUCGACUUCUCGGACAUGAGCCUUGUCUGCACCAUCAACGCUGAUGACAUUGCCAAUCGAUGGCUGAAUAACUUCGUCCCAAUACCGGGACAAUUGGCAAAGAACUACUCGCCGAGUAUAUCGGCUUUCAUCCAGAGGAUUCUGGAAUCCUACGUAGAUUGUUCCAUCCGCGGGCGCAAGGUUCCUCCUUUUGUACAUUGGUCCCAGAUAACUCUGCCAUCCAGCCAACCCUUGUCAAAUUGUCUUAGGGCCAUUCGAAGCUUUGGUGGGCCCGAUGUGGCAGGCGCCGAGGCCGUAGCCAACGAACUCAAGGUAGAGAUGGCGAGGCUUUACAGCCAACACGCCUCCUACGAUGAUAUGGCACUUCUCGCAGCAUUUCAAACGCAUCUUAUUUACGCCAUGGUCAUCUUUUUCAAAUUCGGGAAAGCUUAUCACCCAUUUCUACGGGAGGCCAUGAUGAGUACCCAGGACCUCGCAUGUGCGGUGGCGAAGAAAGGACUCACGUGCGUUUCCGGAGAUGAGCCCCGUCCCAGGUGGGAGUGCUGGAUUGCCGCCGAGGCUAAACGAAGAACUCUGUUCACGAUGUGCCCCUUCGAUAGCGCCCUGCUGACACAUGACGGCCUCUCAACUCAUCUUGCCACCGAGUUACGCGGGUUAUCAGCGCCGGCGUCCAAGGCGUUGUGGGAGACUCGAACGAGGCGCGACUGGAGAGGUGUAUAUGACCUUCAGCGAGCAGAAUGGCCAGAUAGUUGGCUGGCUAUCGACGAAUUAUGGCCUGUGCCUGGAAAUUUCAGCGAGACUGAAGUUAUCCACAGGCGUACAAGAGUAAAAGCAUGGCUGGAGGACCUAGACGAAUUCGGCACAAUGAUAUAUGCUGUGACCAGCGGUACCCACGGUACCUGA